AAAGGUAUUUUUGAAGCAACGUGUAAAGGUCGUACUUACACGCUUUAAAUCAAAACACCACUUUUUAAAUGAAAUUAAAUUCCGCAAACUCUCAGAAACAUUGAGGAAAAGGAGUUUCCCAAUCCAUUAUGGACAAGGACCCUCCUUUGUACGCAGGAAAUGGCAUCUUUCGUAACCAACCGUCGUACAAAGUCUUCAACAAAUCCUUCGAGCAUGUGGACGAUGCGCUCUACACAUUUCUGAACGAGGUGGACCCUGAGGUGCUGCGACUUGAGCUCCGGGAAACCGCCGAUGUCUUUAAGUCCUUCAACCACAACACAGCCUUAAGGGAUCCUCGCACCGAGGAGGUACCGGGGAAAGCGCAUUGCGAUCACUCCAGCCCCGGAUCGGGCUACAGUUUUCCCAAUCCCCUGGAGCUGCACUCGGAGUUGAAUCUCAAGCAACAGGCCGCCUGCAUGCGAGUGCUCCUGUCCUGGCAGCGAAGUGAGCCUGUCGAUGAGGAGGACUUCGUCGUGUGGCAGGCCACGGAAAAGAAACGCUGCAACGAGCAGCAGCGGGUCCAGAAACACAUCCACGACCACGAGCACGGACGCAAGGAAGUCAUCUAUGCCCCCAUGAAGAGCUUGGUGGCGGUCUACAGGAAGUGGUAUGAGCUGAACGUUAAGAAACUGCUAGAAGCAUAUCCCAACGAGUCCUAUGUAACCUUCUCCGGACUCCCACAGUUGUCCCAGUGCAAGAGCCUCAAUUCCCAGAGCGCUAGCAUGGAACAUGUGGAGCUGGAGCGGAUUUUGGGCCGAGUGAGACUCUGGCCGGAGGUGGAACUCCGCCAGGAAGCACUGCGCACUUUAAGAGUGCGCUUGGAUCGUUAUGCGGUUAGGGAAACUAAGGAGCCAGCUAAGCUAUUGCGGGAUGAAGAGAAGGAUUUGGAACUGGAAGCUGGCAAUAUCUUCGUGCUGCCCUUGGACUCGCUGCUAAUGCUGUUAACCACCGGAUCAUAUAUUGACCUACCCACAGAAAUGUUUGUCAGCCUAAGAGAAUGCCCAAAGAGUAAACACAAAUGUAUGGAAUUCCAGGCUCCGUUUCCCGCCCGCAAUUGUGGCUGGCAUACAAACAGUUUGGUCCUAAAACGGGCUUACGAGGCAUACGUAUCUCAGCCUGGAGAAGCAAAGUGGAUGGAAUUCGAACCAAAUGGAACAGUCAAAGAGGUCCCAGAUAAGCCUACCCCUGAAAUGUCCUCUAUCGAUCUUCACAUGGCCUACAAACCCCAACCAAUUGAUCAUCAAUCUUCUGACAUUGUAGAUGGCAGCACCAACACCGCCUUAGUUAGUUGGAGUCUCAGGUGCAAGGGCGAAGGUGUAGAGCACAAGGACUUUCAGAUCUUCAGCACGUUACCCAUUUCAGCGGUUGGAGAUUGCAAGGACAAGGUGCCAAUUGGAUGCCACUUUAUUAAGCUGGAGAACAAGCCCGAUUGCGGCUGCGAAAUUAUGUCCAAGUACGAGUUGAUCAGUGCCUGGCUGCAGCUAAAGCUGCUGCGGGCGGAGAUGGGCCACUGCACCCGCAUCUCCCUGCGGGACUUUGAACCCAUGCUGGAGGAGAAACUGACGAUUAUCUCGCUAGAGCAGCAGCUGCACGAUUACUACAACACGAUCAUGCCGCAGCUACUGUCCAAUCUGUGCGAGUUCCUGAAGCUGUUAGACACUGUACCUAUUGGGGAAUACCUGCUUCGCUACUCACCCAAGUACAAAGACAAGUUCCUGCUGUGCAAUGCCACCAAGGAGGCCACGGCCCAGAGCUUUCAGCUGCACCAGCUGCUCACAGAAACUUCUCCCAGUGACCAAAUCUUCCUUACCCAAAGCAGUUAUCUUCCCAUCUCGCCCACGCUCUGUGGUCGUCUGCACACGGAACUCCAGCUGCUGCCCUGCGCAUUUCCAGCAAAGGCCGACGGAAGGGCUGUUCAUCGUCGUAAGGUGGCGAUACCCAAGCUACAGCCCACAAGAAGAGUUCCAGCGAGGCGGCAGUUCAAGAAGUAUACAGAAGCUCAAACUGAAGAUUUCCGACGCCGAUGUAAAACCGGGCAAAAGAUUAGAGCAAGAAAGCGCAAAAAAGCGGCUGCCAAUGAUGAAAAGCUCCAGUUGGACAAGAUAAUGUCGCUGUAACAGCAACACUUUAAAUGCACAUGCUAAGUUAAAAUACUUUACAGACUCCGUUUUAGCAG